AUGAUAGGUAGAUCUCUCAAUGUUGAGAGUGAUCCUUUUAGGCCUUGCGAAGAUAGCGAGAAGAUAUUAGGUCCAGAAGUACCUUAUAUGAGUGCUAUCGGUGGGCUGUUAUAUCUUGCAAACUGUACCAGACCAGAUAUAGCUUUUGCUACUAAUCUACUAGCAAGAUAUAGUUCUGCUCCUACUCGCAGGCACUGGGACGGAAUAAAGCAUGUAUUCCGUUACCUCCAAGAUGCAGGAUACUUAUCAGAUCCUCAUAAGGCUCGAUCGCAAACCGGCUACGUUUUUACAAUUGGUGGAACCGCGAUCUCUUGGCGGUCUCAGAAACAAACUCUGGUUGCGACAUCUUCAAAUUAUGCAGAAACUAUUGCGCUUCACGAAGCUUGUCGAGAAUGUGUGUGGCUUCGGUCAAUGAGUCACCACAUACAAGAAUCAAGCGGAAUGGUCAACGAGAAAGAGCCGACGAAAAUAUUUGAAGAUAAUUCGGCUUGUGUUGCUCAACUCAAGGAAGGCUACAUUAAGAGCGACAGAACAAAACACAUCCCUCCAAGCUUUUUCUCGUAG